AUAUNUAAACUUCCAUACCUUCAAGCAGUUGUAAAAGAAGCCAUGAGACUUCACCCAGCAGUUUCAUUACUCUUACCACACAAAGCUCAAAAUGAUAUAGAAGUGUUGGGCUACACUGUGCCUAAGAACACUCAAGUUCUCGUGAAUGCUUGGGCCAUUGGGAGAGACCCAAAGUCCUGGGAAAAGCCACUGGAGUUUAUGCCUGAAAGAUUCAUUAAGUCUAGUGUGGAUUACAAAGGUAGGGACUUUGAGUUUAUACCGUUUGGCGCAGGCCGAAGAAUUUGUCCUGGAUUGCCACUUGCUAUAAGGAUGGUGAAUUUGAUGUUGGCUUCUAUUAUUCAACCAUUUAGUUGGAAGCUACCUGAUGGAAUGGCACCAGAGAAAUUGAACAUGGAGGAACAAUUUGGAGUUAGCUUGAGGAAGGCCGUUCCUCUUGUUGCCAUUCCUAUUAUGGAAGAAAACAAGAUCAUUGUUUAGUCUAUACAAUUUUAUUUGCCACUUGUUUUUUUUUAAAAAAAAAAAAAAAACCUUAUGGGCUGUUUCUUUGAGCUAUUUGAUUGUGAGAACUGAGAUGUAUUAUCAUCUCAUAGAUAAGGUUUGAAUGUUAAUUGGAGACGAGAAACUUGAAACUAAUAACGAACUUCAACAUCUUGAUCAAUAUUUUCAUGGCUACUCAUUAGGUGAGUACCAAUUGCCACUU